AUGAGGUUUACAACUACCUUCCUACCGCUCGCCGCCCUAGCCUUUUCAACAACCGCCUUCGUUAUUCCUGACGAGCAGCUCACCACCCAGAUCAUUGAGUCCCAGAACGCGCCUCAAACCUUCUUCGACCGUAUCGCAGGCAACGUGGAAGAUGUCUGGUCUGGCGUCGAAGAGUCGUUCAAGGAUACCGUCGCCUUCGGCCAGAACGCCAUCGACAAUGCCAUCGACGCUGCUUCAGACACAGCGGAGAGGGCCAAGAACACAUUCGAGUGCUAUGCUUCCAUGACCAAGUUCGAUGCGCAAUCCUGGCUUGACUCGGCCGUGUCAGAGGCUGAGGACAUCGAUGUCUUUGAUCAUCACCAUCGCGAGCCGCCGCCUCACCACGGCCCUCCGGAGCACCACAAGCCUCACCCGGGACAUGACAAGCCGAACAAGACCGUAUAUGAGUUGAUUGCCAGCAGCAAGUACACGACUAAGCUCGCGAGCUUGAUUAACGAAUAUCCGGACCUGGUCGAGACUCUGAACGGCACUGCGGCCAACUACACAGUAUUCGCACCGACGGACAAGGCGUUCGAGAAGAUUCCUAAACACCACAAGCCGAGCAAGGAGGUCAUCAAGAAGAUCCUGGCGUACCACGUCUCGCCCGACUUCUAUCCAGCCGGCAGGGUGCUGGUGACCCAUACCAUCCCUACUGCAUUGGGAGAGGAGCGGCUUGGUAGUAACCCGCAGAGACUCCGUGUUGGCUUUGCUUUGACCAAGGGACUGAACAUCAACUUCUACUCUCGCAUUAUUGCUAUCGAUAUUUUUGGCACGAACGGCGUGAUCCACGGAGUCGACUCGCUCCUCCUCCCACCGCCACCCGCUCUAAAGAUCGUCGAGCUUCUCCCGGGCGAAUUCUCGACGCUCAACCUCGCACUCGAAAAGACUGGUCUCUUUGAGAAGAUCGCUGCCGCACCCCACGAAGGGGGUACCCUCUUCGCACCCUCAAACUGGGCAUUCCAAAAACUUGGCCCACGCAUCAAUGCUUUCCUCUUCUCCAAAUACGGACAGAAGUACUUGAAAGGAUUACUGGAAUACCACAUCGUUGCCAACCAAACCCUGUACUCGGAUGCUUUCUACAAAGAGAAGUCGGGGGAGGAUACGGAGGAUGUCCCCAAGGGUCGCUUCCAUAUCGAUCUCCCGACGCUGUUGGAGAACAAGAGUUUGAGUAUCGAUGUGGCACGAUGGGGAGGCUUGAUCUCGAUCAAGAUUAACGGGUUCUCCAGCGUAUCGGUACAGGAUGGCAUUGCGAAGGAUGGCGUGAUUCACGUUGUUUCUUCGGUGUUGGUCCCGCCCAAGACGCCGGGUGCUGCGAGCACUGCCGAGGAGCUGGAGGAUGAUGUUGAGGAACUCAAGACGAGGCUGGAGAGGUUCGUUCAGGAUCUUUAA